UAUAAAGGCAUUUAAGGAAAGGCUUUGAUCAGAGAGAGAGAGAGCAUGAGAGCAAGCACAUCCCACUGACCCCUCUGUGCUCGCCCACCCACUCUAACACCUGCUUUGCCCAUGCCUCAUUUUUGCUGAUCUCCUUCAAGCUUUGGGCCUCAUCAAGCACAGACCUGAGUGAGAGGCAGCCCCUCUCCUGGAUGCCACCAUGAGACUGGUGUUCCUGGUACUGUUCCUCACCUUCACUCUGCUAGCUUUCACUGCUGGCCACAUUCUACCGGGAUUAUCGGAGGGGAGAAGCAGGGAGCAGAAAGUGUGGGUCAGAGAGGGGAGUUCAGCCAUGCUGCCCUGCCCCCUGAGCCCCAGAAAGACGAGGGGGAGCUCGAAGCAGCUGCCUGACAAGAUAUCUGUGGUGUGGAAACGGCAUGGGGGAAGUGUGCACCAGGAGCCACAUGUGGUGCUGGAAGUGGGGUACUCGGGCCUGCAGAAGACAGCACUGCUCAUGAAGCCCCGGGUGUCACUCCAGGACUCUGCCUUACGCAAUGGCAAUUUCUCCCUGCGGAUCGACCCUGUCCGGAGCGAGGAUGUUGGGCUGUAUGAGGCAUGGGUGAAAUACAACACAGAGGUCCACAGCUGCCACGUGGAGCUGGGGGUAAUCACAGUAACCUUCAGUCCAUCCAACCCUGUGAUAGAAAAUGAGCUGCUCUUGAUGAGCUGCAACUCCAGCCACCGGGCCAGCCUUGUGGAGACAUGCUGGUUCCAUAAGGAGCACCCGGGCCUCACCUCCAGGACCUUCUGCUCCUCGCCCGGGGCUCUCUCCAUCCUCCAUCCAGCCAUGAGUGAUGCGGGCUCCUGGCGCUGCCAGCUUCGGUACUCUGAUAAGGAGAUCAUUUCUGCCACAUACAACCUGCAAGUACUAGGUUUCGAUGGCCCAACCAACCCUGUGGUCUAUGCUGCAGCUGGCUCUGCAGCUGAUCUGCCGUGCACUCUGAGCUACCUUCCCAGUGCCUUUGGGAUGAACGUGGUGGCAGCCCACUGGAGCCACCUUGCAGGAGGACAUUUGCAAGACUGGGACAUCUCCCAGAAUCUGAGCAGCAGAAGCUUCCCCUUGCAUCUCCCCGCGGUGGGGCUGGGUGAUGCAGGGCAGUACCGCUGCGCUGUCUCUGUGGGCCACAGGACAAUCAGCAGGGACGUGACCUUGGCCGUGGUUACAGUGACUCCGAGCAUCCAAGGACCGGUUUCUGAGGGGAAUCGUUUGCUGCUCAUCUGCCACCUCACGCACUCCCAAGGACAUGAACGUUUCCAGUGGAAGCACCUUGACUCAGCCCCCACUAAGAGCAAGCUGGCUGUGGCUACUCCCAGUAACUUGGAGGGCCACAGUUCCCAGAUGGGACCCAUCUUGGAAAUACCCCAAGUGUCACAAAAGGACAUGGGCACCUGGGAAUGCAGUGUAUACGGCCCAGAAGGCAGACUGGGAGCAGUGGAGUAUGACCUGCAGAUCACAGGUGCCCAGGUCUCCAGCGCUCCCUCUAUCUUCAGUGGGCAGGUUACUUUUGGGCUCACACUCACCCUCUUCCUCCUGCUUGCUGUUUGUGUUGUGGCUCUGGCCCUACAAAAAAGGGCGCAGACUCCUGCCUUCCCAGCACUGGAAGGGAUGUUUGCAGCCAAUGUGCCGUGGAAGUUGAUGGAGGAAAACCAGAAAGGGAAGAUCCAGCAAACGGAGUGCUGAUGGAAGCAGGGACAUUGGGGCUAGGCUGCAUGGGAGGAUGAAACUCUGUGUGCCAUGCUGCAGAGAGAUGGGCACCAUGCAGACCUCUCAGGAGGGACUAGUGAUGGCAUGAGCAAUGCAGGAGACCUUGGGAGCUCUGUACCUGCAGAGGGGCUGGAAGCUGCAGCCAGGGCAAGGCAGAUUCACCCCUGCAGUCAAGUGGCCAGCAGCAGAGAUGCUUUGGAGCUGUUGGGAGUAUUUGAGCCAGUAGCUACUGCUUGCUUUGGUGCCACAUCUCUGUCCCACUCUUUGCCCCUCCUUCAUGGCCUCCCUCUCAGUCUUUCUCUGGUGGAACGCUUGGAUGCAGGACAUGGCUGGAAUUCAUCUCCCCUGCAGCCUGACAAUGUUUUCUCCCCCAUGCUCACUCUCUUCUCUUCUCCCUCUCCCUGCACUGCCCUGCUCACUGCCCUGUUGCACAUUUUGAGCAUUUUAACUUAUUAGAAACUCAUUUUAGAACUUAAAAUAAAUCCAUGGGACAAAAAACCCGCUGACCCCUGCGUGUGCUUGUGGAGGAUCGCUCCUAUUUGACCGAGCCGGGUGUACCUCUGUCUGUGUGAAGCCAUUUCUAAGGC